GUGAUACACAAGUCCUGAGCCAAAGUCAAACAAGAAAGAACUUGUUUGGAAGGAUGGUGUCAUUCCUUUUCCAGAGCGAGACGCACAGGGGGAGGGCCUAAUAGCUGGAGAGAGGGGAAGAGACAAGAAAAAGAGAAGUUACCAUUACAGUCAACUCUUACUCAGCUGCAACCUACACAGACACACACACAGAGAGAUAGAGAGAGAACAGAGAAAGAGGAACAAAAGGAAGAGGUGGAAGUGAAAAAGGGAAGAGAUCCACACUGACAGGAUAAAUACACAAAAUGGAGGACUCUAACAGCAGUAAGCCGUUAAUGGUGACAUCCUCUCUGAAUUUCAAAGUCACCACACCGUCCUUCUACAACCAGCCAAAGAAGUUUGCCUCGGUGGCACCGCCACGGCCAAAAAGCCUGACGCCUCCCACAGCUCCGUCACCAACACCGAUAGGCACAGGUCUGAUUGGUCGUGUGGGAGAUGUGCCUGUGCCGCCCCCAACGCUCCUUGAUGACUUCCCACCCCCUCCUCCCCCUCCUCCUCCGCUGGAUGACGACCUGCCAGCACCUCCCCCUGAAUGCCACACCUUACCCACAUCCUCUGACGCCCCCCCUCCCGCCUUCCCCGCCCCACCUCCUGUAGCAGAAGACCUGCCCCUCCCGGCUCCCCCCGAGGAGAGCACCUGUCCGCCCGCCUGCCCCUCUCCCCCUCCUCCCCCACCCCCUCCACCUCUCCCCGCAUCCGGCGCCAGUAUUCCCAGUGCUGCCUUGAGCCCACAGAGAAUGAUGGGGAAACAAAGUAGUUUCGAUCAACAGCUCGACACUCUGACUGACCUGCUGUCGGAGAUGGAGAACAGGGGACCUUUUAACCCCAAGUUACCGAGCCAGUAUCCUUCUGCACCAGCACCCAAGCCUUCAGCUCCGCCCCCGACUGCUCCCAAACCAGCGCUCUCCUUCCUCCCACCUCCUGAGAUGGGAGACCGCCCGGCUCCACCCCCUUGGGCCGAAGAACUCAAAGCCAGAACAAACCGUCAAGCCAAUCACAACUCGGCACCAAACUCCGCUGCUCAGCCCUUUUCUAAGGCCCCGGCGGUGGCGCCCAAGUCCGGUUUCGGAGGGAGACCGACCAAUUCCUCUGCUUCUCUGGCGCAAAAACUGAACCAGAACCUGAACCAGAACCCCCCCAUCGUCAGUGUAGCACCAAAACCAUCUCCUCCCUAUGCAACCAGCUCUUUCCCUCCACCACCCGCAGCUCCCCCCGCACCUUCUACUCCACCAAAAAGCAUGGUGGCUGCACCAACGUCUAAUCACAUAAAGAGUUCUCCCUUUGCCAGUCAAGUCAAUGCGAAUCAAAACCCUCCAGCUGCUGUGCCUCCCCCUCCCCAACCCAAGAUGAUGACAUCUCCACCCUCUUCCUUUAACCAACCAAUGAAAUCUCCCCCUGCAUCAACGCCAUCACCCCCCGGCCCAGUUGCUAUCCCAGGUGGAGGUGUUCCUCUCAACAUGAAAGAAGUGGAGGAGUUGGAGAGAAUGACCCAGGACUUUAUUAGAAACAUGGACAAACACGCACCUGUCAUCACCUCCGCUCCUACAGAGGUUUGUGGGAAAUGUGGCGAGGCCCUGUCCCGCACUCAACCAGCAGUGAGAGCCAUGGAGAAACUCUUCCACUCAAACUGCUUCUGUUGCGUGAGUUGUCAUCGCCCCCUGCAGGGCAUGCAGUUCUAUGACAGGGAUGGUGGUCCAGAGUGUGAGGAGUGCUACAUGGGUUCCCUGGCAGUGUGUUCCCGAUGUGGGGAGAGGAUCACAGACCGUGUGCUCAAGGCAGUGGGCCAGAGUUUCCACUCCCACUGUUUCCGCUGCAGCACCUGCUCCUGCGUACUUGAGGGUGCGCCCUUCAUUACCGAUGACAACAACAACCCCUACUGUGUCCAGGAUUACCACAGGCGUUUCUCUCCUCUGUGUGUGAGCUGUAAUGAGCCCAUUAUUCCUGCCCCAGGCAGCGAGGAGACGGUCCGAGUGGUGGCUCUCGACAAGAACUUCCACCUCAAGUGUUACCGUUGUGAGGACUGUAAUCGUCCCCUCUCCAUAGAAGCAGAUGAAAACGGCUGCUACCCAUUGGAUGGUAAAAUCCUGUGUAUGAAGUGCCACACCCAGCGAGCCAAGCAAGCUGCCCAGUGAUCGUGUCAAACAAUGAACCAAAUCCAAAAGCACAGGAUUCACUCAGCAACCGAUUUGCCUUUGCAACAGGGCUCUGUUCCGUAUGUGUUUGCAGGUGUGAAUGUGAAUGUGCUGAGUGAAAGUGUUUGCAUGCAGAUACAGUGUAGUAUUCCCUAGUCGCUGUUCACUUCAGUGCAGAAGUAAUGUACUGCAUUGAGUCAUCGUUUAUUCCCCAUCUCGAACUCAUCUAUCUCUCAUUUAGCCUUCCUUGUGAGCUAGAGCAAAUUUUUUGUACCAAUCCCAAGUUUACUCUCAAAAUUUCCAGCAUAACUUGCACAAGAGCAGUUUGGUCAAAAAGAGCAGUGCGAUGAAAAUAUAAAGUUGCCUUUCUUUGUUUUUCUGGCCUCAGCAUUGUUGGUAGCACCAUUAACUGAGCCGCUUCCAUCUUAAGACUUUCCCUGGCUGGUCUGUUUCCCUGUGAACGUGGCAACUACACUGAUGUUUCUAAAACAGAUUGUUACCAUAGGGUGAGGUGUAUUCAGAACCUCCAUUAUACCAUUCCACAGUUAUUACCACUCUGGCUCUGUUGAUAGAGCACAUCUUUAACACUUUAGCAGUGGCUGUGCCUGCAAGCAUGGUUAAUGAUGCUUCCCUAGAAACUGCUUUCUAUCUACUCCGAUAACUUUGUAAGGUUUUCUAGGGCUAAAUGUUGACUGCAAAAACAGAUGAAAACAGUGAAUGUUGUUCUUUGUGAUAAGAAUCUGUUCUUCUACAGGCAUGUAUUGAAUUAUGUCUUGUUACUUUCUUUACUUAAUCAUAUCAGGCCAAGGUUAGAACAAAAAAGAUCAAAAAAAUAGUUCAGAGCUGAUUCAACAAUGAUAAGUAUUUUAGAUGCAUGCUUUUUAGAUGCACAAAUGAACAAACAGACGAGCACAGAUUCGCCACGCACGGAUUCCACUCCAGGGAUCUCCGAAUUUAAAAACAGUGUCGUUAAAAAUAUCAGCUGCAUGGCUGAAAACAGGACCUAUUAUGUGAUUAUUGUUGCACAGUUUCAUUGCGAAAUAAGUGUUUUUGUUAGUGUCAGUUUGACUCUGAAUCCCCUGCACAAGAUACAAAUUAAGUAGACCCCAUUGAAAAAAAUAAUAGCAUAGUUUUUUGCAAAUAAUAUAAUUUAAGGACCUUUUUUCUAUUAUAUAUUAAGAUUACACGUGUGCCAGUGCAAAAAGAACCUGUUGUAACAACAGGAAAUGGAUCAGUAGAGGUGGUGGCUUCGAGCUUCAGGUAACACUUGUUAAAACAUAGUGACCAAAUAUUUCGCAGCUGUUUGCAAGAUUGGUGUUUUCUAAAACAAUUGCAUUCAAUGUUUUUUGUAUUUGAGCCCAGUGUUAUUUUUGGCUGGAUUUAUUCUGAUGAUUCAGUAAAUACCACUAUUCUUUCCACUAUUCCUUCUUCAGUCUGCUCAUGACAGUUAUAUACUAUUUUAUUCUUAAUUCUUAUGUUACUGUACUGUAUUUCAUUGAUAAACGCCUACAAAUUAUAUGUUCUCAUUUUUAAGCUGGCAAUGUUCCUCCACUCUCUCUCUCUCGUGUGUAUUCCGUCAUUCCUCUAGAAUUGAGCCGGAUUUGCCGCCACAGAAGUGAAUAAGAAAACUGUUGUAACUCGUGCUUUGCAUUGAGCCCGGUGCAUUAUUACAGAACGACUAAAAGAACACAGCAAUAGUGAUUCUGCGUUGCAUGCUAACUGUGUAGGUGGUGGGGGCAUUUCCUCUAGUAUUAUGUCUUCUGUUUGCACAAACUCCUCCGCCUCUGUGGCCCAUGCCUUUGACAUCACCAUGUGAUUUUACAUACAUGAUGAUGCCUUCACGGUUGCAUUUAUCUGCCGUUUUAUUGUGUUAUGUCCUAUUGUACUACAUUCGGAUGCCUUGUCUUUUCAUAUACCUUUUUUAUAAAUUCCUGUUUAAUAUGUGUGAAUGUGUAUAUGUUAAAAAAACAAACAUUUAGCCCCGCCCCUCCCUCCUGUGGCUGUAUCAAAAGAUAAAUAAAGUGAAUAAAAUGCUAAAUACCAA